AUAUCAUUUCUAUGCAUUCGCACAUACAUGCAGUCCUAACUCGUCAGUCAACAAGGCUUACUACCCACAAAAGGUUAUAGUUUUACUUUGGGGUGUGUGUGUGUGGGGCUAAGGCGUUUAGCCAGAAAUGGGGAGGGCACCGUGUUGUGAGAAGGUGGGUCUGAAGAGGGGAAGGUGGACAGCUGAGGAAGAUAAGAUAUUGACCAACUACAUUCAAGCUAAUGGAGAAGGGUCAUGGAGAUCAUUACCCAAGAAUGCUGGGCUAUUGAGGUGUGGGAAAAGCUGCAGACUGAGAUGGAUUAACUACUUAAGAUCCGACUUGAAGAGAGGCAACAUAUCUGCUGAAGAGGAAGAAAUCAUCAUCAAGUUGCACGCAUCUUUGGGGAACAGGUGGUCUUUGAUUGCGGGUCACUUGCCAGGUAGAACAGACAAUGAGGUCAAGAACUACUGGAACUCUCAUUUGAGCAGAAACAUCAAAACCUUUAAGACGUCCAGAAACCAAACCCUAUCACCAGUCGCCAUGGAUUUAGCAAAAGCAGGCAUGGCAAGAAAUAGAAGAGGUGGCCGAACAAGUCGAUCAGCAAUGAAGAAGAAAACCAACUUCCCUGUCAAAUCUUCUUCGAAGUUAGUGGAGGAACAUAAAGAAAGUAAACCUGUGAACGUUGCUGUUGCAAUUCCACCAACACCAAACUUAGAUAAAGAAGCUUUGGCCUUGUCUAGUGCCCUCUCUUGGCAGGAGGAAAUAGAGAACUUGACUUUGCCCAGUCCUCCUUAUAAGAUUUCUGAAGUGGAAUUGCUGGGUUGUGGUGAGGAGAGAGAAAGCAGCAACUUACUGUUGUGGCCUGGUGAAAAUGAGCAAAAUGAGUUCUUGAGGACAAAUCAUGAAAUGCUGGAUAGCGAGAUGUCGUUUCUUAAUGACAUUGUGGGCAAUGAGGAAAUGGAUCCAAAUGAUGAUGUUGUGGCUUUUAGUGGAAAGAAGGAAGAAAAUAAUGUCAUAGUUACUGAGGAGAGGGAAAGCGGGACCGUGGUGUUCAGUGAAGAUCUUGAGAGUGGUAAUUUAAGCUCAUCAAAUGCAGAGAGCGGUGAGGGCCAGUCUUGUUCGUCAACAAAUUCAUAUAUGAAUGAGGGCAAGCUUGAUUGGGGCUGGGAUUGUGAUGGUGGGUUUCAAGGAAAUGAGCUAUGGUGUGAAACAGAUAGAUUGUUGUCUUGGCUGUGGGAGGCUACUGAUAAUGGGGAACGAGAUUGUAAUAAACAGCUGGGAGAAGAAGAGAUGGAUUCUGAGAAGCAAAAUGCAAUGGUUGCAUGGCUUCUCUCUUAAUUAAACCAUUUUCCCACUCGAAUUUUGUUCUUUUGUAUGUGUAGAAUCUUUAUUAGCUUAGGUAAAUCGAUUCCAUGUAUCUUUAUUUAAGUGGGAAGGGUGUGAAAUUGUGAAUUGAUUAGUUUCUAUGAUGCCAUUGGACACUAAUUUACUUUGGUAUUAUUUCUUCUUUUCUGUUUGAAUCGUAAUGUGACAAUGA